AUGGCCGUGACCCCACACCGCAGGGUCCGCCGCUCCAUACCGGCCGUCAUGAUGCGCGCCGGUACCUCCAAGGGCCUCUUCCUACACCGAAAAGACCUCCCGGCCUCGGAGUCAGAAUGGGCCGCCCCUCUACUGGCCGCCAUGGGCUCAAAGUAUGACGACGCCCGCCAGAUCGACGGCGUCGGCGGCGCCAGCAGCGUUACUUCAAAGGUUGCCGUCGUGGCCCCCUCCAGCCGGCCGGGUGUCGACGUCGACUACACCUUUGUCCAGGUCGCCGUCGGCAAGGAGAGCAUCGACCUGACGGGCAACUGCGGCAACAUGUGCUCCGGCGUGGGCCCGUUUGCCAUCCAGGAGGGCCUGGUCGUCCCGAAACCAGGCGAGCAGUUUGUCGACGUGCGCAUCUUCAACACAAACACCGAGAGGCUGAUCGUCGAGACGGUCGAGAUCGACGAGGACGGCUGCGUUGUCGAGGACGGCAGCUUCCGCAUCCCCGGCGUCAAGGGCCCCGGCAGUGAGAUCAAGGUCGCCUUUGUCGAGCCGGCCGGCAGCAUGACCGGCAAGCUGUUCCCCAGCGGCAGGCGGGCAGAGAGCAUGCAGGUCGACGAGGUGGCCGGCCUGCCGGCUUUCACGGUGGACGUGACGCUCAUCGACGCGGCCAACCCCUUUGUCGUUGUCGAUGCCGAGACGCUCCCCGCGGAGGUGCAGACGCAGGCACGGGACUCGCCGCUUUCACUAGAGGUGGCCGAGGCCAUCCGUCGGCGCGGUGCGGUCCUCAUGGGCCUGGCUGAUAGCGUAGAGGCCGCUGGGCGGGUGCGCGGCACGCCAAAGUUGGCAUACGUAUCCGCACCACCACCAGCAUCCGCAUACAACCACGGCAGCACAAUAAUAGAUGACUUGCCAACCACCGCUUCACCAGACAUAGUGGUCUGCGCCUACAGCAUGGGCAAGCCACACCCCAGCCUGCAGCUCACAGGCGGCGUGUGUCUGUCCAGCGCCGUCGCCGUGGAGGGCACGGUCGCGCACCGACUUUCUCAAAGAUCCAGCAAGGGCAAGACGCCAACGGGUCACGAGCUACCCCCGACCCCAGAGAGGACGCCGAGCCCGCCGUCCUCGGUCGUCGACGAGGAUCUCAACAGCUCGCCGGCGGAGGCGCAGGGCAUCAGCAAGCGGCAGAUCCGGCUCCAGCACGGCAGCGGCGUCAUGGAGGUGGAGACGUGGACUCGCCCCGACGCCGAGCAAGGGCUGGCGAUAGAUAGGUGCAUCGUGUCGAGGACGGCGAGGAGGUUGUUUGAGGGCAAGGUUCUGUAUCAUAUGUCAUAA